AUGUACAGGGAAGACUGGGAGCGGCUUUUGUUGUCGAGCGAGUAUAAAAUGUUUAUGUUGUUGUCAAAAAUAUUUGUUAUAAAGAAGAAUAACAGAACGCUAGCUACUACUGAGAAAGCAAAAGAAACCAGACACCUUCGAUUAUAUUAUAAAUUAUGCGACCAAGUUUCAGAUGCAAUUCUCGAUGCUCAUUUAUCUCAAGACCCUAAUGCAAAAGUCGCCUGUGAAAGUCUUGCAAAAACUGGUAGGGUUCUGGUAGCAGGGGAAAUUACUUCAAAUGAUGUUGUAGAUUACCAACAGAUUGUCCGUGAUACUGUUAAAGGGAUCGGAUAUAAUGACUCAUCGAAAGACGAUGAAUGUUCUGGUGCUGGCGACCAAGGUCUUAUGUUCGGCUACGCUACAGACAAAACUGAGGAACUCAUGCCAUUGACCUGUGUGCUAGCUCAUAAACUGAAUGAAAUAUUAGCUGAAAAUAGAAGAAACGGGAUCAUGCCAUACUUAAGACCUGAUUCUAAAACUCAAGUCACUGUCGACGCUGAAGUUAGUACAUGCGAAAUAAAUAGUAAACGUAAAAUAUUGUACAAUAUGGCUGUUAUGAAAGAAAAGUAUUUAGACGACAAAACUAUUUACCAUCUUCAACCUUCAGGUAGCUUCCUGAUUGGUGGACCAAUGGGCGAUUGUGGAUUAACGGGAAGAAAAAUCAUUGUGGAUACAUAUGGUGGUUGGAGUGCACAUGGUGGUGGUGCUUUUUCAGGAAAGGACUUCUCAAAGGUGGAUAGAUCGGCUGCGUACGCCGCGCGAUGGGUAGCCAAGUCCGUUGUAGCAGCUGGCUUAGCGCGAAGGUGUCUUAUACAACUUUCUUACGCCAUCGGUGUUGCUAAGCCGCUCUCCAUCUCGGUGCGUACCUACGGUACUGGCAAGAAAACUGGCAGUGAAUUAUUGGAGAUAGUCAAUAAGAACUUCGCUCUUAGACCGGGAGUUAUAGCGCGGGCGUCAUUGCAAAUUUAA